GUGUGCCUCCAAUCACGGCAGGAGACCUCCUCGGCGGUGGACUACAAAAAGAGAGCCAGGGCCUUCAGACCCAGCUGCUCCUUCCUGGAACAGCCGAUCCCAGACCAAGAGGUUGCGGAUGAUGCCGUCAUUUCAGAACUGCUCACUCAGCUCCUGGAACGUUUGCAGAGCCCCUUGGAGAGCCGUCAUGUCGAAGCAGCGCCCCACGAUCCCAAGAGA